AUGGCUGAGCUGAGCACACAGACCCGGCCAACUACAGCCUCUAGCCUGGAUUACAAAGCUUUAUAUAAUGGCACUGGAUGCCAAGAGAUUCUUGCCCCUAAUGUGACCAUCCUGAGCAUCACUCUGAUUAUCUGCCUAUUGGGGCUGGUGGGGAACGGGAUCAUCCUAUGGUUCCUGGGCUUCCGCAUGAAGAGGAACCCCUUCACCGUCUACGUCCUCAACCUGGCCGUCGCCGACACUGGCUUCCUCCUCUUCUCGGUUGUCUAUGUUGUAGUUUAUAUGGUGCAAUAUCCAUUUUGUGACAAUCCGGAGGUUUUUUACAUAUUAUUCCUGCUUACAAUGCUGAGUCUAUGGAUGAACAGCACCAGCGUGUACCUCCUGACAGCCAUCAGCACUGAGAGGUGCGUGUCCGUCCUCUGCCCCAUCUGGUACCGAUGUUGUCGGCCCAGGCACUUGUCUGCCAUCGUGUCUGCCCUGCUCUGGGCUCUCCCCUUCCUGCUGUGCUGUUCCGUGUGCAUUUUUUGUCUUCUCAUUAAUGAAAACUGUAACACUUCCGUCCUGUACAUCUUUAUUCUGAAUGUCCUGAUAUUCUCCCCCAUCAUGGUUCUCUCCAGUUUGACCUUGUUUAUCAAGGUGCGACAGAGCUCCCAGCGGCGCCCACCCAGCAAGCUCUAUGUCGUCAUCCUGCUCACUGUCCUCUUCUUUCUCCUCUUCACUCUCCCUCAGAGUGUUGCAUAUAUCCUCUUCUACCUUGGUAUAUCUGAGCCCACUAAUAUGUUGUAUGUGCUGGCCUGUGCAAGCAGCAGCAUCAACCCCUUUAUUUACUUUCUAGUCGGGAGCUACGGGAAGCGGCGAUUCUGUGGCUCUCUCAAACUCACACUCCGGAGGGUUUUUGAAGAGCAGACCAAUUCCGGAGAAGACAGAGACCCACCCAGCACAGACCCAAGGGAGACAGUUGUUUAA